GCCCUCCGGAAGUUAGUUUGUUUUAUUCGGACACAGUCGAAAGCACUGGAGUGAGAGUGAAAGGUGGCCAAACCAAGUAAAAAAACACACGGUGUCCGACGAAGAGCGCGUAAAGAGAGUCUAAACAACUGUCUAGUGUUAGAGGCGCUCCAUUGAUACAAGAAAAUAAUUUAGAAUUUUCCCCGAACCUUAGUGUCUAACCCCUCAAGUCCUCUGGGGCCAGACGAAGCGAGGCGGGCGGUGAUGGAGCCUUCACCGGCAAAGGGGAAACCGCAGGGUCGCCUAUUGGUGUCCACGACUCUGGACGCAAAAGAUGAGCUGGAGGAGCGCUUGGAGAGGUGUGUGGGGAUCGUCACUUCAUUGACAAAUGGCCUGUCAGAGCGUGAGGCCAACGAUGCCAUCACAGCCAAUGUGUGUAAGGGCCCCCAGCAGCACGAGGAGGUGUGUCUGGGACUCUUCGCUCUGCUGCUCAUCGAGCCUCCACAGGCACAGAGGUGCUACAGAGACCUCACCCUGGUAAAUAGGGACGGCAUGAACGUGAUCCUGAUCAAGAUCAACCAGAUCCUCAUGGAAAAGUUCCUCAAGCUGCAGGACGUGUGCCGCACACAGUUGGUGUGGUUGGUGAGGGAGCUGGUGAAGAGUGGCGUGAUCGGCGCGGACGGCGUCCUCAUGACCCUUAUGAAGCAGAUCGCAGGAGGAGACAUCACCAGUAAGAACCUGUGGCUGGCUGAGAAUGUUCUGGACAUACUGCUGGAUCAAAGGGAGUGGGUGCUGAAGAGUGGCAUGCUGAUAGCCAUGUCCGUGUACACCUACCUGCGCCUCAUCGUGGACCACGGCACCCCGGCACUGCUGGUCCUCAGACAGAAGGAGGUGGACUUGUGUAUCGGCCUGCUCCGAGAGAAGUUUAUGGAGUGUUUUAUCAUUGGGAGAGACCUGGUGCGUCUGCUGCAGAUUGUGGCCCGGAUCCCAGAGAUGGAGCUACUGUGGAAAGACCUGCUCCACAACCCCCAGGCCCUCAGCCCUCAGUUCACUGGUAAGGGUUUGCUGCAGCUCCUGACCGCUCGCACAUCCCGCAAGUUCCUGGCUUGUCGCCUCACACCAGACAUGGAGACCAAACUGCUCUUCAUGACCUCCAGGGUGCGUUUUGGCCAGCAGAAGCGCUACCAGGACUGGUUCCAGAGACAGUACCUGUCCACGGCAGAGAGCCAGUCACUGCGCUGCGACCUGAUUCGCUACAUCUGCGGCGUGGUGCACCCAUCCAAUGAUGUGCUGAGCUCUGACAUCCUGCCCCGCUGGGCUAUCAUUGGCUGGCUGCUCACCACCUGCACGUCUAACGUGGCGGCCUCGAACGCCAAGCUUGCCCUGUUCUACGACUGGCUCUUCUUCAGCCCAGAGAAGGACAGCAUCAUGAACAUAGAGCCGGCCAUCUUAGUGAUGCACCACUCCAUGAAGCCUCAUCCAGCCAUCACUGCCACUCUCCUGGACUUCAUGUGUCGGAUCAUCCCUCACUUUUUCCCCCCUCUGGAGGGGCAGGUGCGGCAGGGUGUCUUCAACUCUCUCACCUUCAUCAUGGAGAAAAGAGUGCUGGCUCAUCUAGCUCCUCUGUUUGACAACCCCAAACUGGACCGGGAGCUGCGCUCCAUGCUGAGGGAGCGCUUCGCAGAGUUCUGCAGUUCCCCGUCACCCCCUACUGAGGGAAGGGAUGAAGGUGCAAAUGAAAUGAAAAUGGAGGAGUCUGUUUCCUUGGAGAUGGACAAUCAUGUUCUGCUUGACAAGGAGGAUGGUUGCUACGACAACACGGAGGCUGCUUUCAGCGACGAUGAGGAGGAGGUUAACAACAAGGGCGAGGGCAAUAAAAAGCGUGAGUUCAGAUUCCACCCAAUCAAAGAGGCCAUUAUUGAGGAGCCCGCUGACAUCACUCCCUACGUGGAUCAGUUGGACGACACGAUGAAGGAGAAGGUGUUGCAGUUACAGAAAGGAAGUGACACAGAGGCACAUUGUGAAGUCAUGCAGGAGAUAGUGGACCUGAUCCUGGAGGAGGACUUUGACUCAGAGCAGAUGUCCACUCUGGCCUCCUGUCUGGCUGAGCUCUUCAAGGGCCACUUCAGAGGAGACGUACUGCCUGACGACAUCACAGAAGAGUCGCUGGAGGAGUCUGUGUGUAAGCCUGUGUGCCUGGUGUUCAGGAACCUGUGUCAGAUGCAGGAGGACAACAGUGGCUUCUCAGUGCUGCUGGAGAUGCUGGCGGAGCUCUACCAGAAACAGCCCAAGAUCGGCUAUCACCUGCUUUACUACCUCAAGGCCAGUAAAGCAGCGAUGGGGAAGAUGAGUCUGUACGAGUCGUUUGCCCAGGCCACAGCGCUGGGAGACCUGCACACCUGUCUCAUGAUGGACAUGAAGGCCUGCCAGGAGGACGACAUCAGGCUGCUCUGCUAUCUCACACCAUCCAUCUACACCGAGUUCCCAGAUGAGACAUUGCGCAGUGGAGAGCUACUCAACAUGAUUGUAGCAGUCAUCGAUUCAACACAGCUUCAGGAGCUGAUGUGUCACGUGAUGAUUGGCAAUCUGGUGAUGUUCCGCAAGGACUCUGUCCUCAAUAUCCUCAUCCAGUCUCUGGAAUGGGAGACGUUUGAGCAGUACAGUGCCUGGCAGCUCUUCCUGGCCCACAGCAUUCCGCUGGAGACCAUUAUCCCCAUCCUGCAGCACCUCAAGUACAAAGAACACCCAGAAGCACUCUCCUGUUUGCUGUUGCAACUACGCAGGGAAAAACCCAGUGGUGAGAUGGUGAAGAUGGUGCUGAGUCGGCCCUGCCACCCGGAGGACCAGUUCACCACCAGUAUCCUGCGCCACUGGGCGGCCAAGCACGACGACGUCCUGGGAGAACACAUCAAGGCCCUGCUCAUCAAGAACAACAACAUGCCACGGAAACGCCAGAGUCUGCGCAGCUCCAGCAGUAAACUGGCCCAGCUGACCCUGGAACAGAUCCUGGAGCACAUGGACAACCUGAGGCUCAACCUCAGCAACACCAAGAACAGCUUCUUCACACAGACGCCCAUCCUGCAGGCACUGCAGCAUGUCCAGGCCAGCUGUGACGAGGCCCACAAGAUGAGAUUCAGCGACCUCUUUUCAUUGGCCGAGGAGUACGAAGAGCCCUCCUCCAAGCCUCCCAAGUCACGGCGCAAGGCCCCCGCCUCCUCCCCGCGGUCGCGUAAGGGAGCGGCCAUCCCUGUGAGCAACGAGGAAGAGAGCGCGUCUAGCAGUGCCUCGGAGGAAGAGGACUCCAAACCCAAAGCCCCCAAGAGGAAGAGGAAAGGCUCAUCUGCGGUGGCCUCGGACAGCGACUGACAGCCCCACAACCAACCCGCUCCCACCUGUCAUAGUGACAUCCCUGUAGACAGGACCGUCAGCCAACCAGCUUCUCCAAACCACUGAGGAAACCCCGCCCCCAGAGACACUCAACAAGAGGGGUCGGGGCUCCUCCGCGUGGACUCUAGUGCUACUGGCCGGAGCCAUGGAGACACUCGACCUCACCUCUCACUGGUCAUUGGCUGCUUUGUGUCAGUUGGUCUGGCUGGAUUGGUCAGGGGGAGCAUUCCGAGGGGAAAUGCCAGUCGCUGUGGCACAGACUGACAGAAGUACUGUUACGAGAGGGAUAUCUAUAUCCUUGAGGAAAUGAUUACGUGACUAGACUGGAUGUCUGGCGGGUAAAUGUGUUGCUCUAUUGUCACUUAGUUGUCCGCCUAUCACACUGCACUUAGAGACAUCAGACAAAACAUUUUAUAAGCCGUGACCAUGAUGACCGACCAACCAGCAAGACCAUCCAGUCCAGGCAAUUUUAACAGAGGCACAUGUGAAAGGUUUAGGUGAUUCCUACCGUUUUGAGGGGGGGGGGGGUGCGAGAGUUGUUGAAGUGAGGAGAAAUAGUCACCUUUGUCCCAAUCCCAACCCCAUAGAGAAAAAUGUUCCGCCCCACAUCUGAAAAACUCAACGAUUGGUUGAUUAACAUGCCUGUCCCUGUUCACCCUUCAUUUCUGAUUGGCAAGAAGCGAGACCAUGGACACACGCUCCCAUUGGAUCAUUUUAACCACAGAUGGUUGGACUGUAUGCGAGGUCAGAAAUAAAGACUGUAUGAAUGGAGGAGCCAGAUGUAGUUGCUGAACUUUUUAAUGGAAAUUUCUUUCUACUGAACUAUUUUCAUAAAAAAGAUCAUAACUAUGUUAAAUGAUUAUGAUAUUAAUAAAAAAAAAGGGCUACAAAAAAAAGAACCAAGUGGUGGAAACAUAGUCUUAUGUGUUUGACUAUUAUCUUGACAUUAGAGUUUGAAUGUUGCGCGUCGAUUCGGGCUUAUGGUUGUGAUUUGACACGCUGAAGCACAGCUCACACAAGUCAAUUGUUGUUGUAACACUACCCAGAACAGAGAGGGACUGUCAAAGAGUACAGCAAAGAGCUGCUGCCGCUGCAAUAAAUGAGUAGCCAAGUGUA